CUUUGCUGCUGCUGCUGCACCGGUGUAUAGCUCUGCUAGUCUCAGCUAUGCUGCCAGCUCAGAGACAUUCGGAUCUAGCAGUCUGACUGGGCUACAUACUUUGAACAAUGUGCCUCCAAGUCCUGUAGUGUUCCUUCAAACUCCACAGCUAUCACCGUUUAUCCACCACCAUGGCCAACAAGUGCCAUACUAUUUGGAGAGUGAACAGGGAACUUUCGCAGUAAGGGAAGCAGCACCCCCAACAUUUUACAGGUCAAGUUCAGACAACAGAAGGCAGAGUGGAAGGGAACGCAUGACAUCAGCUAAUGAUAAGGGCCCUCCAUCCAUGGAAUCUACCAAGGAAACACGAUAUUGUGCUGUUUGCAGUGACUAUGCAUCUGGGUACCAUUAUGGCGUCUGGUCCUGUGAAGGUUGCAAAGCUUUUUUUAAAAGAAGCAUACAAGGACAUAAUGACUAUAUGUGCCCUGCAACCAAUCAGUGCACCAUAGACAAGAACAGAAGAAAAAGCUGCCAAGCCUGCCGACUGAGAAAAUGCUAUGAAGUGGGCAUGAUGAAAGGGGGUAUUCGAAAGGAUCGCAGGGGAGGACGUAUGUUGAAACAUAAGCGGCAGAAAGAAGAACAAGAGCAGAAAAAUGAUGUGACUCCAUCAGAGAUUAGGACAACGUCCAUCUGGGUGAAUCCUUCAGUGAAAAGCAUGAAGCUGAGCCCAGUACUGUCGCUUACAGCUGAGCAGCUUAUCAGUGCCUUGAUGGAGGCGGAGCCACCUAUAGUAUAUUCUGAGCAUGACUCAACCAAACCACUCAGUGAAGCUUCCAUGAUGACUCUGCUUACAAACCUUGCUGAUAAGGAGCUAGUACACAUGAUUAACUGGGCAAAGAGGGUGCCAGGGUUUGUGGACUUAACACUCCAUGACCAGGUGCACCUUCUGGAAUGUGCUUGGCUGGAGAUCCUUAUGGUCGGUUUAAUCUGGAGAUCUGUGGAACAUCCAGGCAAACUUUCAUUUGCACCAAAUCUGUUACUGGACAGGAAUCAGGGACGCUGCGUGGAAGGCUUAGUGGAGAUUUUUGACAUGCUGGUCACUACAGCGACAAGAUUUCGCAUGAUGAGGUUACGUGGGGAAGAAUUUAUAUGUCUGAAAUCUAUCAUUCUUCUAAAUUCUGGUGUUUAUACUUUCCUGUCUAGCACAUUAGAAUCUCUUGAAGAUACAGACUUAAUUCAUAUUAUUUUGGAUAAAAUAAUAGACACGUUAGUCCACUUUAUGGCUAAAAGUGGGCUCUCUCUGCAGCAGCAGCAAAGGCGACUGGCUCAGCUUCUUCUCAUUCUUUCACACAUAAGGCAUAUGAGCAAUAAGGGCAUGGAACACUUAUACAGCAUGAAGUGUAAGAAUGUUGUCCCCUUAUAUGAUUUACUGUUGGAAAUGCUGGAUGCCCAUCGCAUGCACACACCAAAGGACAAAGCGACCGCUCAGGAGGAAGAUAGCCGGAGUCCGCUUACCACUACUGCAAAUGGUGCAUCACCUUGCUUACAGCCCUUUUACACAAGCACGGAAGAAGUGAGCUUACAAAGCACAGUAUGAGAGCGAUUGUCAGCCUUUUUUAAAUGCUUUUUUUUUUUUAAAUGUUAUUUUUUUUUUCAUUUGGCCUUCAAUGGCCAUGAAAUUCCCAGCAGAAUACUACCUAACA